AUGAUCAGCGGUAGUGGAGGAGGCGGGGUAGGCGUAAUAGGCGGGAGCAGUGGUGGCGGCAGCGGCAGUAGCAAUACCAUCAGCGGCAGUGUGGUAAGCGCCACACGGCUCAGCCGCGCACAGCACCAGCAUCACCAACAGCAGAGCAGCGGUUCGAGCGGCCUGGCCGCCAUAGCCGCAGCUGCCACUGGCGCCCAACCGAUACCAUCCGGCAGCGGCACACAUCGUACACGCAUUCUGCGUGGCCAUGCAGCACAAACAACCACCGGUGAACGUGUGCUGCUCAUUAACUAUGUGUCGCCCAGUGCAUCGGCUGCCACAUCGCCCAACACCCAGACGCAAGCGCACACAGUCAAUACAGUCGCUAAUAGCGGCGGUACUGGCACCACGACAACUACGCGCAAAAUUCUCCACGCCAGAGCGGCGGCUGCGACGCAUGCGAAUGUCAGCACCGCCACACCCGUCUCGUUUGCCGGCCUCGGCUCUGAGGUGACGGUGACGCUGACGCGUUCUGGCAAAUCGACCGCCGGUCAUAUUGUACGUAAUCACAGUAUUGCCACUGAGACGGCAGAACAACAGCAGCAACAACAACAGCAACAGCAUCAUCAUCAUGUGAGUAGCAGUUCGCCGCCGCCGCUUGUCUUCACGACGACGGCGCACAGCGAAUUACAUCAUCACCAAACGCAGCAACAACAACACGAAAUAGUUGAACAGCAAACACAUCAGCAUCAUCAACUGCUGACGCAUCGCCAAUUGCAGCAACAACAACAGCAAACCACAACAACGGCGGUGCUUGAUCCAUUGGAUUUGCAAGAUCAGGACGAAUACCAGCAGCAGCAACAGCAACACCAGCAAAUUGUCAUUGAGCAUCACGGCGGCAGUGCGCAGGCACAGCAGCAAGCGCACGAAGAAGAGAUGCUCGAGUAUGAUGACGAGGAAGAGGUUGAAGAGCACCACUUGCAGCAACUGCAGGAAGUGCAGGACCAACAGGAAUGCGAUGGCGAACAAGUGGAGGAGGUUUAUCUGAACUGAAAAUGAGAAGUAGCGCAGACUGUCGCUCGGCAUAGUGCGAAGUUCGCGCAGCAGAAUGCAAAUUAAAAACUCUUUGGAAUGAUGAGAGGUCAAUGUGGAGAUUUUUUUAUUAAGAAAUUGUAGCUCAAAUCUCUUACUGCAGUAAUAGAAUAGAACAGUUCGUAGAAGCAAAUAAAUCAUCCAAAAAUUAAGCACGUAAACCUUGAUUAUACCGAAAUACUUUUAAAAAAAUAUUAGCAUAUUGUAAAAAGUUGAAUUCACGUUUUAUAUUUGCAAUUAUUUUUCUUAUAAAGAUUUAAAAUUCGUAUAUGUACAUAUACAUAUAUAGUAUGCAUAGGGAGAGAGUUAGGAGGGGGAUUGAGCUAACAAAAUCAAACACGAUCUAGAAUUUCGCGGCAUGUAACAACUUUCUAAAAAUCAAAAAAAAAAAUAAAUAAAUAAAAAUAAUAUUUCUGAA